AGGCCGGUCCAAUGAACAUGUCAGUGUUGACUUUGCAAGAAUACGAAUUCGAGAAGCAGUUCAACGAGAAUGAAGCCAUCCAGUGGAUGCAGGAGAACUGGAAGAAAUCGUUCCUGUUUUCAGCUCUGUAUGCUGCCUUCAUAUUUGGUGGGCGGCACCUAAUGAACAAACGAGCAAAAUUUGAACUGAGGAAACCAUUAGUGCUGUGGUCCCUGAGCCUUGCUGUCUUCAGUAUAUUCGGUGCUGUUCGAACUGGUGCUUACAUGCUGUACAUUUUGAUGACCAAAGGCCUGAAGCAGUCUGUGUGUGACCAGAGUUUUUACAAUGGACCUGUCAGCAAAUUUUGGGCAUAUGCAUUUGUGCUAAGCAAAGCACCCGAACUAGGAGAUACAAUAUUCAUUAUUCUUAGGAAACAGAAGCUCAUCUUCUUGCACUGGUACCACCACAUUACUGUGUUGCUUUACUCUUGGUAUUCGUACAAGGACAUGGUGGCUGGUGGUGGCUGGUUUAUGACCAUGAACUACGGGGUGCACGCCGUUAUGUACUCUUACUAUGCCUUGCGCGCCGCUGGCUUCAGAGUCUCUCGCAAGUUUGCCAUGUUCAUCACCUUGUCGCAGAUCACUCAGAUGCUCAUCGGCUGUGUAGUCAAUUACCUGGUCUUCUCCUGGAUGCAGCAGGGCCAGUGCCAUUCCCACGUGCAGAACAUCAUCUGGUCCUCUCUCAUGUACCUCAGCUACUUCGUGCUCUUCUGCCAUUUUUUCUUCGAGGCCUACAUCGGCAAAACCAGAAAAACAAGGAAGGCUGACUAGGGGUAGAAACGGAACGGAAGCCAUAGCUCAGGGUCAUCAAGAAAAACAAAAUUAUAAGAAAAGAAAAUGGCACAAGGAAACAUAUAUAUGUAUGGUGCAGCUAAAACUUGGCAGCUUAGGGAAAGUUAGCUUGGUUUAACCCAGUAAGUUUAUGAUCCUAUCAUGGUGAGGACUCACUGAAUCUACUCUGUCUCAAAGGACUGCUGACGAAAGACAUCUUCCUUCUUGUACCUGUCUGCUCUGGAAAGGAAAGCCAAACAAAAAGAGAGAGCAAAAGAGGAAAGGAGAAAGGAGAAAGGAAAAGAAAAAGAAGAGAAGAGAGAGAACGUUGUGGAAGAAAAGUAUACUAAAUAAGCAUUGUGAUUCCCCCAGAUGGAAGAGAGACUUGUAUUAAAAAAGAACCAUUUCUAUAUCCCUUCUAGUAAUUUGUCAGUGUUAAACGGGAACAAAACAAAGCAGGGAGAUGACAAAAAAUUCUAUCUAGGAUUACAGUAGAAUUGYGGAAUUAAAGUCCUUUUUACAGAGGGUUGAUCCCUUUAGCCAAAAUGAGAACAGAAAGGCUGUCCGGACCGUCGCUGCGGAGGGUGGCUGAGCUCCGUCGUGGUCACGAAGGGCACCGCGGGCCUGUUGAUUUCUCUGCUAUGUGCUGGCCCGCCCGGCCACCUCCUGCAGAGGCAGAAAGGAGCAGCUCUUCUCCAGGAGCUCCGUGGGAAAAGAUGCACUGUGGCAAUACAUAUCUCAGAGAGUGCAUUUUCCAAGUGCUUUUUUCAGUUAAAGGCAAGGAAUUUCUGAAGCAGGAUAAGUCAUAGUGGGUUAAAUCAAUCAAUAUGUUUUAAAUUACCAGCCGAGGGAUAUUCAGGAAGGAGAGGAAGAGAACUCCCCUAACACAAUUUUUAAAAAUUAUCUGUUAAUCUGAAAUUAACCUGCGGUGACACUGAAUUUAAUGGGGGAAGUGAGAAGAAAAGCUAGUUAGAGAGAAGAGGGCGAUCCACGAGCCUGCUCUUUUCCGAACAGAGCCCUGUGGCACCACACGUGCUCCCUGUUUCUGUGCUCUUCAGGACAAAGGAAUCUUGGCAUUGGGAGGACCCGUGCGGGACAUGCGACUUUGGGUAACACUGUGCUUCUGCAUUCGCCCCCGGGCAGUGCAGAGAUGUUUAAAGUGCCCUCCUCUGGUCAUGUGGAGAUACUACUACAAAACAUACUUGGAAUAGGUUUUUCUUGAGAUUUGUAUAGAAAAUUAGUUUAAAUGGAGUAAUUUUGCUGCAACUGCUUAACUCUAAUGUCCAGAGAGAACUAUCCUUCAUUCAAUAUAUAAAUACACAUGUAUCUCUGCAGAAUCUGUACUGUAACACCAGACUGACCACUUAAGGAGAUGAUACUCUCUUCUCUCAAGUCAGCUACAGAUAGGAGGAGAAAUGGAUUUCACUCUGAACCUUAGAGAGCUAGUUGGUAACAGCCAUAUUCUUUCAAAGACAAGUAGACUGCAUUAUCUGUAAUAAUAUUCCAGUCCUUACAAAGCCAAAUAAAAUGUGUAAAAGUUCCUAGUAUUUCAAAGGCGCAAGUAUGUAAACUUGAUGUUAAAUGUGUUAAUGUAGUAUUCUAAAUUGUAUCAGUUAGAUAGUUUAUCUAAACAAUUAGGAGAACUA